UUGACUGUUCCAUCAAAUCGAAAGCUCUCCGCUGAAUUAAACAGUCGACUUGAUUCUUCUGUUUUCAACGUCUUUCCUUCUUUUGCGGAACAAUGGUUACAUACGGUGGAGACGAAGUCAAUGCUUUGGUGUUUGAUAUUGGCACUACUACGACGCGUGCUGGUUAUGCUGGCGAGGACACACCAAGAGCCAUAUUUCCUACAUCGUUUGGCUAUCUAGAAGAGCCCGAUACAGAUCCAGAACAGAAAUCGAACGCGGAUGGCGACGUACAAAUGGCAGAUGCAUCCGAUGAAAAGAGUGACAAAAGAGUGAAAAAGAAAUACUACAUUGGUGACAGCAAAGUUAACACUUGGCGCGAAAAUAUGGAGGUUCGACACCCUUUGAAUGAUGGUCUUGUCAACGAUUGGGAUGCUCUGGAACAGAUUUGGAAUGCAUCUUUCCGCGACAUGUUACGCAUCGAUCCCACCGAACAUCCCUUGUUAUGUACAGAACCGGCUUGGAAUACUACAGAGAAUCGCGAAAAGUUUGUAGAGCUGGCGUUUGAAAAGUUUUCUUUCCCUGCCUUUUAUCUCGCAAAGGAUGCAGUCAUGACAGCAUUUUCUGUUGGAAGAGCAACGGCACUUGUGCUGGAUGUUGGCGGUGGCAUUGCUAGUGCUGUGCCAGUAUACGAUGGAUAUGUGUUAAAGAAGGGCAUUUUGCGACAGCCGCUUGCAGGAGACGUUUUAUCACAACAGUGUCUUGAUAUGCUCAGAAACGAUAUUAAUCAGGAUGUGACACCUCAAUACAUGAUUACGGGCAAAAAGCCUGUCGACGCUGGAGCACAACCGCAGGUGCAAAAGAAAAAUCGACCCAACACAACAGAUAGUUACAACGAUCACCAAGUAUCUAGAGUAGCACAUGAAUUCAAAGAGUCCGUGUGCCAAGUAUCCGAGGUGACUUUUGAUGAAGGCAUUAUGGGCUCACGGCCGCAGAAACCUUUCGAAUUUCCAGAUGGAUACAACAACUUGUUUGGUGUCGAACGAUACAAAAUCCCUGAAUCCCUUUUCCAACCACAUCAAUUCUUGCGUCAGACAUCAUCCGGACUUACUCAACAACAGAUCGAUUCUUGUAUGGGCAUGCAUCAGCUUGUAAAUAGCAGUAUUGGUAGCUGCGAUAUUGAUCUUCGACCAUUGCUGUUCAACAAUGUCGUUGUCACCGGUGGCAGCACACUCUUCCCUGGAUUCAACGAGCGAUUAAACUACGAGCUUCCCAUGCUGGCUCCAGGAAGCAAGGUAAAGAUACAUGCUGCUGGUAACCAAACAGAACGCCGAUGCAGCAGCUGGUUAGGUGGAUCCAUCCUGGCAUCCCUGGGCACCUUCCAUCAACUCUGGAUUUCAAAACAAGAAUACGAGGAAUCGGGAGCUUCUAUUGUUGAAUCAAAGUGUCAAUAAAAUUAUACAAUCAACUGCUUUGCUUUCUUACC